UUCAAAUUCAGAGUCAUUUUUGUAGCCUCACAAAGAAUGGCACUAUAUAUAAUCUGAUUUCUGCUCAUAAUAAUUAAAAUAAAAAUUCUUGGUUUCUUUCUGUAAGUCAUAAAUAUAUUUAUGGCUUCCACAGUUGCAUUUCAUUCUACACUUUUUGUUUCAUUUCAAUCACCAAAACGUUACAGAAGAAAUCAAAAAACAAUUUUUGCUCUCAAACCAUCACAAUUUCUUUCUUCAAGUUCACUGCUAAAGUUGAAAAAGCAAACAGCUUUAUCCACCACACAAUUCAAGAAUCUAAGGAGCCACAAGUUUAAAGCAACACCCUUAAUUUUUGCAGCUCAAUCCAAUUUCUUGAAAGUUCUUCAAACUGCAUGGAGAGUUGGAAAGGAUGGAGUUGAAGCUGGAACCAACAUGGUACCUGAUGCCAUUCCAAGACCGAUAGCCAGGAUUGCCGUGACUGUAGUCGGAGCGGCCCUUGCUCUUUUUGUACUCAAAUCAUUCCUGUCGACAGCUUUGUUUGUGUUGACGAUGAUGGGAGUCAUUUACUUUGGAUUCAUAGCCUUGAACAAGGACGAUGGUCCAAAAGGCGGUGGAGGCACCGGUUCUGUUGACGACAGUCUAGAAGAAGCUAGAAGAAUAAUGGAAAAGUACAAGUAAGAAAUGCAGAAAACAAAACUUGUUCGCGGUAAUUAACAAUGUAUCUGGCUUCUUUCAAAAUAGCUAGUAGGCCUUCAAGUCUUAUAGUAAAGGAAUCCUCUAUUCUUGAAUUUAUUGGUUGUAAGGUAAUAGUUUUCCAGUUAGUUGUAAAUUUCUGAGUUUCUUGUACCAAUAUAUUAAUUAUCUAAAAGUAGUUUCCUGAGAA